AUGUAUACUGUACUGGCAAUUACCUUAAUUUUGACAAUUCUCCCUACUUUUGUAGUAAUUUACACAGCAUUCUUCAUGCAGAAGUCAUUUACAAUCAACACAUCUCCUGAUUGCCAAGCUUCCGGUUAUUUGAAGACACCUUAUUCAACAAUGAGAAUUUCGAUGCUUGCAACCGCACUUUCCUUCAUAGAAUGUUAUCCAUUGGACACGAAAGGCCCUAAUAGACAAGAAGUUAAAGAUUUACUCGAUGUCAGAGAAAAAUUAUUUUCUGAAACAAAAUCUGAUCUCGGAACACAUCUAAUUAAGGUCAGGAAGCAACUGCAGUCAUGGAUAGACAUCAUGGAUAAGUACAGAUGGCAGUAUUCUCCUUUAGAUGACUCACAAACAAAAAUUGCUGCAAAUGGAAACGGUUUUGAACGGUUAGCCUCUCAAAACUUUUUAAUGCAAACAGAUACAGCUAUUUUACUUAUCAGUAUCACCGAACCAGGUCUUGAACAAUCAUUAGAAUACUUGAAUUUCCUUAGUUAUUACUUUUAUUGGUUAAAUGACAAUGUUGAGAAAUAUUACUUCGAAACAAUCGAAGAAUCAAUACACAGUGAUACAAACAAAGGUAAUGACUUCGUUCUGCCAUUAACUUUAAUUUUAGUUUUCUUUGUUUUGGUCACUUUUGUCUAUUUUCUUUACAAUGCUCACAAAAAUUCAAAAAUUUUACAAAAAUCAAUGUCACUUUUGUUGUAUAUUGAUCCCAUGGUUAUUUUGUCACAGAACACAGUUAUGGACAUGAUACAGAGUGGCAGGUGCAAGACUGUCAAUACGGGAGAACUUCGAGAAAUCAGACAGAUUCACACUUUUGACAAAAACAGGAAUUGCUGUUUUAGACAGAGAUCUUGA